AUGUCAUCGCUGGACCCAUCCGAGACGAGUCGUUUGACACUCAGGCAACGAACAACGCGCAGUACCGCACUCGAUGAGGGUUCUGGGAUCGGACACGUCGACAACUCCGGCGUGGAGCUGCCCGCGGUUCAGCAGCAGCACGCUCUGUUCGAUCGAUCGAAAGCAUUCAUGGUAGAGGGAAGACCAACCACCGAAGUGGCCGAGACGGAGACUCACAACGCGACGCAGUGGGACAUGUUGCAGCACAUCCCGGCCGUGCCCCUCACGCCCGUCGCACCCGGUCCGGCUGAUACCGCUCUGCUCGGUGGGGAACACCGAACGCCGAACGAGGCGGACAACGACCAUGACCCCGAUCAGGGCGACGAGGACAACAACUUUGUGCACGAGUACUUGACCGGUCGACGAUCACCGACUACAAACUCCGAUACCAACCUCGACAGCACCGCCGUCGACCCCACCACUUCAACGCCGACACCGACCGAGACAUCGACCUCGGACGAAUCGAAGCCAACCGCCGAGGCCCCCGCAGGUCGUCCGUCUCGACCCACGAGUCCGGUCGCCGAGGAGGAAAAAAUCUGCCGCAUCUGUUUUGACGGCGAAGAUCCGGAUCUGGGUCGUCUCUUCAGCCCCUGCAAGUGUCGCGGCACAUCGAAACACGUACACGUCUCGUGUCUCUCAACCUGGCGCGCUCGAUCGGCCCGCACCUCGUGCGAACAAUGCCAGUACCAGUACAAGUUUCGCCGCACCGCCAUGGCCAGUGUCAUCUCUCAUCGCGCGACCUUGAUGUCCCUCACCAUUGUCAUCUUUAUCCUCCUCGUCUGGAUCGCCGGCUAUGGCGCCAACUUCAUCAUCCGCUCCGCAGAGAAUCAUCGUUCCCAGCUCUCGGGUUCUUUGUUCGAAGACCUUUGGAUUUCGGACCAUGUCAUCCUCGGUGAAGGUGUCAAGGAAGCCAUCGAUUUUUUCGGCAACAAGAUUGAGACGACCAAAUGGGCCAAAGAGGUCCUGCGCAAGCCCUUGGAUCAUGACGGCCAGGCGCCGCCAUUGAGGGAGAUAGGUAUCCUGUCGGGAGCUGUCGGCAAGGAGGCAUACAGGGUAUGGUUUGUCCACGCCAUUCUCCACUUCUUCAAGGGACUGUCCCUCGUCGGCCUCUUAAGCUCGUUUCACACCUUUAUCGGUCAGUCCUCGCCAAAGCCUUGAGCCCCUGUCUUUGUCUCGUCUUGCCCUGCCUGACCCGACUGUCACAUCCUGCUCCCUCGCAGCUACCUCAUUCAUCUCACCCGUGGGGCGCGGCUUGUUUCGUUUCUUCCGUCCCGCGGUAAGGCACAACAAUGCUCGCAAUCGACCCGGGCAAAGGGACGGUAACGGUAACCUGUCUCAAGUUGUCGUCGUCAUCGUAAGUUUACUCCCACAUCAUCAGUACUGUCCAAAGGGGUGCGCACUACGUAUAUGACUGACAAUUAUAUUUCCAUUGUGCCUCGUUUCACGCAGUUCGUUCUCGUCGGCGCAGUCAAAGCAGUCGCUCACACGUAUCAAACCGUCAAAUGGGUUGCUAAGAAAGCCCUUACGAAGGUUGAAGACCUCGUUCUUGACAUCUGA